AUGUCAAAACUCUCUCCCGCGCUGAAAGCGCUGAUCAACGCUCCGCACGCGCGGGCAGGCACCGUGCCUGCUCCUCCCCAGAUCUACGCCGUGUACCAGAGCAUAGCCAAGGAGGCCGAGCCACGGAAUGUCGGGCUCAAGGCGUGGUUCAGUGCUGCUACGGCAGCAACGAUGACCAUGAACUCGCCCGAAUCGCUGCUUCAGCUGCACAAGCUGGCUUCGUCGGAGAAGACGAAGGAAGAGGCGGUUUAUCUGGCUGAGUUGAUAAGAGAGAUUGGUCUGAAAUGUAUUGGGUUUAAUGGGAUACCACGCACAAUCAACUGCUUGGGCGAAUUUCGGGCUGGUCUACCAGACGAAAUCACCAGCGCAUUGGCAACGCAACCUCGUCGCUCAUUGAGACCAGACAACAUCACAGCAGUUCUCGAACGAGGCCAAUCGCUAUGGAACUCCAUCUACCGGCCGUUCGAGGUGAAGCUAGUCGAGAAGCUGGCCCUGUCGCAUCCAGACCUGCCCAUUCACAUCCUCGAAAGCGAAUACGGCAAUCUCUUUUCGGACCCGCAAAAACCACCCAACGGGGCAGUCCCCGCCAAAGUCGGCCGGGUGCUGACCUCCAUCGUGGCUGUCGCCUGUCUCCGGGCGCAAACAGGGGUUGGUCCGCAGGUGGUCUCGCACAUUUUUGGCCUGAGGAAGGCCUACGAAGACGGAACUUACAAGGCGGAGGGCGAGGGAGGAGAUCCAAGGCGGAGAAUGGCUGGCGAGUAA